CCGGUUCCUCGGGUGGAAGCAGCUCGGGUGGAAGUACCAGCGAGUCCAAUAAGAGCCAAGAAGAGAAGAGCAAGACGGCUGGCGCAGCAGCCGGAGGCGCUGCUGGCGGAAGUACGACCGACACUUCGCCUUCCUCCACCAGCUCGUCGAGUCCAUCUCGCGAUUCCAGCACCCCCGGAGAUUCGACUACGCAAGGUGCGGGAGGAAGUACCUCAGGCGCUACCAAUACUACUUCGACUCCUAGCGCUGGUGGCGGUCCAGGAUGCAAGAAGGACGAAAACGACAUGAUUCCAUGGGGCUGGGGCACUUGCGCGCCCAAAGACAUCGCCAAAGGAUCGUGGUCCGGCAAAAAGGAAGGCAAACAAUUUACUGGCAAGGGAACAUUCUGGGGUCAAAGCGCUGGCGGAAACUGCCAGAUUGGCGCGUUCAAGGAUACGGACUUUACAUGCGCACUGGAUGGCUCUCAGUACGAGAAUGGUGCUCACUGCGGCAAAUUCCUGGUCAUCCAGCGUCUUGCUGGCACCAUGACGAACGGCACUGCCACUCCGAAAGAGCUCGUAGGACGUCAAGUCAUCGUCAAGGUUGUCGAUCAAUGUCCAAGCUGCGGAGGACCUGGUUUUACCGACCUCAGCGCAGCCGCUUUCAGCUGGCUGGGCUUCAAGGAAGAAGGCAAGAUCGACAUUGCUUCCUGGUACCUGCCCGACGAAGAAGGCAUCAAAGAAGGUGUGGUCGAGAACGCCGAUGGAGCAUCUGGUGGCGGUGCUAGCAGCUCCAGUCCAAGCUCCUUUAGUCCAUCUGGCGAUGCUGCGACAGGCGGUGCCAGCGGCGCCAAUGGCUCAAGCACCGACAAGUCAAGGAUCAGGCGGUGGUGCUGGAGGUGGUGCCGGUGGCGGAGCUGGAUCUGGAACGGGAAGUUCCGACAGCAAGCCAUCUAGCUCAACGGGCGGAGGAGGGUCUGGAGGAGGAGCAGGAGGCGGUGCCGGUGGUGGUGGUGGUUCCGGCGGCGGUGCCGGUGGC